AUGGCUCAAGUGGUUUCAAAAAUAACAUUCGAAAUUUGUUUUAACAACACGUUGAGAUAAAUGCUAUUGGGAUUUAACCGAAAAAAAUAAAUAAACCUUCCUUGAAGUGUAAUAACAAGACGUCUUGAAUGUUUAUAUUAAAUUUUGGGAAUAACCAGAUCCCGGAUUUUUCCGGAAAACCCGUAUCAAAAAUAGAAAAUGAUCCCGUUCUACUUUCUCAAUUUAUAUCAAAAACAUCAGUUCAAAAACGAAGUCUCAUAGGAAAAGUGCCACAAAAGAGUGCGGCGUGUGUAACUAAAAAAAAGCAUGGGCGGAUGGAAUUCCGUCAAAUCAGUAUAUUAAAUUACUUUAAAAGCAGUAAAAAAAUAUUUUUGGCUUUCCUCAAUAAGUAAGUGAGUGGACCACCAACUGUUGCAAAAAAAAAAGUUAAAACAAACGCAAGUCUGCGAUCUAAGAAUACACUGCAUAGUUCAAUUUCGAUUCGAUUCGUAAAAGUUUUACAAAAUAGAAACCAAUCAGUUAGUCCACUUAAAACGAUGUUACAGUUCACGGCGAUCUGUAACAAAUAGUAAUCGAAAUCGCGUCAGAUAUUUUCGUGCUCGACGGCUAAGAAAAUACGCAGAACGGCAAUGGCGUUCAAAGUGGAAUAUCCGGCGAAGAUGAAAGAAAACUUUCUGGACGUUGACAGCAUUGUCGAUAUCGACAUUUCCAGCGAAGAGGAAGAAGAACCAUGCGGUUCGGAGUGCACAAGCAGUGCCCGAAACAGGUCUCUCAGUGUACAAGACAUUUGGAAUAAUGAAGACGUGAUUAACGACCUUGAGCCCUUUCAAAAAAUAGAAGAAAUUGAAGAAUUAAUCGACCAAGAAAACGUAGAAUUUCUUUCAAAACUGACCACGAAAUCAGCAAAAACUGCUCUUCUGAUGUCAGCAUGGCUAGGGAACGAAAAAUGCCUCAAAUUCCUGCUCGAUCACCAUAGAGUCCCGGUUAAUUGUACCGACAACAAUGGCAGAACUCCUCUUCAUUUGGCAUCCUGUUCUGGAAGCGUUGAGUGCGUGAAACGUUUGCUGGACGCAGGGGCAAAGGUAACAAUAUGGGAUAAUGCCCAUAAAGCUACACCUCUCCACUGUGCAGCAAGCAGAGGUCAUCUUUCCGUUCUACGUAUGCUUAUUCGUCAUGGAGCGAAUGUAGAUGCAGGUCAAAAUAUUAAGAGUCCCUUAUACUAUGCCGUUAGAAGUUUAGCUGUUGAGUGCGUCAGAGAACUGUUAGAAGUUGGGGCAAAUCCGAAUACUUUACAGGUUUUUACAGAGACCCCACUCCAUGUGGCAGCUUCUUUGGGUUCUUACGAAAUCAUAAAAUUAUUAAUUGAUCAUGGUGCAGCAGUUAAUGUACAGUGCGGCUCACAAAAGACUACAGCAUUGCAUUUGGUGGCAGAAGAUGGAAAUCCGGAACUGGCUCGUCUUCUCCUGGAUGCAGGAGCACACAUUUCCGCGACCAAUCGCAAACUCCAAACACCCCUCCAUCUAGCGGCGUUGUCUCAGUGCGUGGAAAUUGUGGAACUUCUCCUCAGCCGUGGUGCAGAUCCCAAUGCUAGUGACGCUAAUGGAAGAACGCCUCUUCAUGGAGCUAUCGUGAAGAUAUCGGAUUCUUGUGAUUGUGUUAAGGUUCUUUUAAAUGCCGGUGCCAAUGUGAACAAACCCGACAUCUUCGGUUACACACCCUUACAUUUGGCUGCGCUCAACGAAUACUCGGCCUGUGUGAUAUUAUUUUUGAAUCACGGAGGAGACGUAACACUUAGGACAAAAGGAGGUGUUUCAGUUUUGACUUUUAUCACACGCAGAACUCCCGAUGUCAUCCCGAAAUACAUCGAAAAAUUCGAUUCGUCCAUUAAAGUGAAUGAUCACGAAAUCGGCGACGUGGAUUGCGAGCUUAAGUUAGAUUUUAGGGUUUUAGUCCCGACAAUGGGCAGGGGGGAGACAGAUUUGUUAUUAAAUUUCAUAGAAGUAGGCCACAGGGAGGUUCUACAACAUCCACUUUGCGAAACAUUUCUACAUUUGAAGUGGAAAAGAAUAAGAAAAUUCUUUUUCUUGGGUCUCUUCUACAAUGCCCUCUCAGUAUUUUUAUACACAGCUUACGUCAUUGGAGUGUUCCUGAGGGACUGUCCUUUCACGAAAGACCCGUUCAGUGAAUGCGAAGUUUACAUUCUGACAAAAGUUUGUGGAUAUGUUUUAUUAUUCCUCAACGUCGUCACCAUGUUCAAAGAAAUAUUUCAACUGUCCCACGGUAGAAUUGUCUAUGUGAAAGAAUGGGAAAAUUGGUUACAGUGGGCUACUGUAAUAGCAAUCUACCUUAGCGUAAGCCCUACGAAUCAAAUGAACAUAAGAAAAAUCGUUACCACGUGGCAACAUCAUGUGGCAGCCAUUGGUAUUUUCUUCGCCUGGUUUGAACUCAUGAUGAUCGUGGGCAGAUUUCCGAUGUUCGGACUUUAUGUUCAAAUGUUUACCACUGUCACGAUCAAUUUUUCAAAAUUCUUUUUCGCUUAUUCGUGCCUUUUAAUAGCAUUCGGAUUAAGUUUUGGAGUUUUAUUCGCCAAUUAUCCAUCUUUCAUGAAUACCUAUUGGGGUUUAUUAAAAACGAUAAUUAUGAUGACCGGAGAAUUAGAAUUUGAAGAUAUUUUCUACGCGACCACUGACUACCCCAUACUUUACCCCAUAACUAGCCAUUUAAUGUUUUUGGCAUUCGUUAUCCUUGUCACGCUCGUUUUGAGUAAUCUGAUGGUGGGUUUAGCUGUCAGUGACAUUCAAGGAUUACAAAAAAGUGCAGGUUUAGAUCGAUUAGUAAGACAAGCGGAACUCGUAGCUCAUCUUGAAAGCCUGCUGUUUUCACGAUUAUUGCAAUGUUUGCCCAACAAGGUCCUAGCUUUCCUUUACGGUCAUGCAUUAUUGUUAAAGUCGCAAUACCAUUGGGCACUUUAUAUCAGGCCCAACGAUCCCAGAGAAGAAAGGAUACCCAAAGAUUUGGUGCGCAACAUUUAUCAACUUGUCAUCGAAAAGAGAGAUAAACCUAAGAUAGGUAAAAAACAAGUUGAUUUGGAUCAUUGGAAAAAUAAAUUUACAACAAGGACAGACGGAAACUCCAGUUACAUUUCAAGGAAUAAUAAGAAGCAAUCGUACAAAAGACAAAUGCAACAACUCCUUAAGGAAACCCAAGAGUUUUGCAAAUAUCUUCAACAGCGCUUGGAUGUUUUGGAAGAUACUUGAAUAAUGAAAAAUAAUGUUUGUUACAACACCGUUUUCGACAUUUUUAUACGUAUAGUAUAAUGAGCACCCCAACCCUUCCGAACUGAGUAUCAAAUAAAAUCGUUUAUCAAAAAUACGAUAAAACAUGUGUUGUCACUACAACAAAAUUUUUUGAGCGCUUUUUAAAUGUUCAAUUAUGAAUAUUUUUAAAUGAGAUAAACCGUACAGAACUUUAUGUAAGACCCACGUAUAGCAUUCAUUUAGUAUUUUGGAUGAAAGACGUUAACCAAUGUUGAGAGGAACAUUGGCGAAAAAUCGUUGAAUUAUACUAUCAAAACCAAUUACGUAUUAUACAAAGAGGAAACGUUACUUUUUUUGUUUCCGUUCUACUUCUUGUAAAUCGUAACAGACAUAAGAAUAUAUUAAGUUUGAAAUACAAACUUCAAUAUUAA